GCCUAUCCCUAUCCUCUGUCGAUUACUUUCAUGCAUUUAAUCUUGAAAUACUGUUUUGCUUGGGGUUUGAGAGCCUGUACGAGCUGCUACACAAAAGAAAAAAGAGUUGAGAUGCCUUGGAAGGCCUAUGCAAUUGAGACGUCUCCGACUGGAAUUGCUAGUGCCUUAGACAUUGGUCUUUCAAAUUGGAGUUUUGAAUUUGUUACCGUAUCUUUCUUUUUGUACUCUACCACAAUUCGCUGCAGAUACACGAUGACCAAGUCAACUUCAAUCAUAUUCAUCCUUAUUUUUGCAAUAAUACUUAAAUUGGAGAAAUUGAGUGUGCCUGUUGUGAUGAUUGUGCUCUCGAUUUCUUCUGGAUUAUUUAUGUUUACGUACAAGUCGACGCAAUUUGAUCUAAGGGGUUUUAUUCUUGUUCUAACUGCAUCAGCGCUGAGUGGUAUUCGGUGGACUGCGGUACAGAAGGUUACCCAACAGUCGAUCUAUGGGUUAUACAAUCCUAUUGACUUGAUAUAUCACACCCAGCCAUGGAUGGCGUUGGUCAUGUUGCCCCUAUCAUUCGCCUUUGAAGGCAACGAUUUUUUAACUUCACCGUUCCUAUUCCGCUCUCGGGACUACUUCAGCAUCUGCACCAUAUUGGGUUACUUCCUAUUCGGAGCCUGUUUGGCGUUUGGUCUUGAAGUUGCCGAGUUUAUGGUCGUAUACAAUUCCUCCAGUUUAACGCUCUCGAUCGCUGUGACGCUUUACUUGGCGGCCGUUCUCAACGGUGACACCUAUAGUCCGGUGAAUAUUGCUGGCUUGAUAAUCUGCCUAAGUGGAAUUUCGCUGCAUGCUGCCAUGAAAUUUAUCAAACAUGCUGCUUUAAUGCGACUUAUUCUAUGCAUCGACCGCAAAAAAACAGCCGUGCCGGAGCUACAACCAACCGAGAGGCUGUCUUAUUGCAGAUCAAUGAGCUUGCCCACCAGAUUUUACACUGCCUAG